AGUAGCUCACAUGUAGGCCCCACAGGCCAAUAUACAUUUUACACAGCAAUCUGUAAGAACAGUGGGUAUCUUUUAAGCAUCUUGACAUGUGUUUUUAUUUAAUCAGGCAUCUACUGGCUGUUAUUAAUAAAUAAUUCACUUAAGCAUUUCCAAAUUCAUGUAAAAGGACCCCUAGAGAACUGCCUCAAAGGCCUCAUUACAAAUCGCACACUUCCGUUGUAAAAACAAGACCAACAGUAAGGCAAGGCAUAUGAGUGUAGUAUUAGUUAUUAUAGUUCAUUGUUUACUGCGCUACUGUGCUGUUUUGUAUCUAACAGAAGCUUUAAUCGAGUUAAUAACAUAAUAGCUUCGGCUAUGUUUCUCUAUGGGGUGACGUAAAUGGCCCGGGCUCGCGGGUGAGCGAGGCCUCGCGCGCAUUGUCUGCCCCCUCCCGCCCCUGUUGGCGGCGCGCAGCCUGAUUGGCCCGGGCCUGCGAAAGCUUGCUCGGGGAUUCUGGAUGUACAGGCCGCAGAUGCGCUACGGCUGGAAAAUAAAACCAAAACCGGAUUAUGAUGUAUUCGGUACAAUAAGAAGGGCGUUGGCGCACCAAAGACGAAUCAACGGACCAGGUAAAAGCGUCUCUAUUAACACCGGAUGUUAUCAAAUUUUGAGCCGCGGCCUGUUUGGGCCUCGUCGGGCAGCAUAACAAACAAAAGCUCGGGGAAGGGCCUAGCUUAGCCAGCUAGCUACCUGCGCUAACGGGUCGAGGAUUGGAAUGAGUCUUUUCCUCCCAGAUGACUGACACACACUCUCUCUCUCUCUCACACACACACACACACACACACAGUGUUGCUUAAUAGUUGGCACGUUUAUGUGUAUUAAAUAUACAGUCAGCAAAUGUGAAGGUAUGUCUAAAUUUCUUUUUAUGAGGGAUAAUAACAUUUGCAUCUAAGAUACCUGUCUCAGUUCCAGCCCGUCGUGACUAUCACAUUUCCUCUGUUUUUCUCUUUUAUGUUUAUUUCCACUUUGGUUAAUUUUAGCAUUGUAAAAAAAAAAAAAAAAAAAAAAAAUCCAAGAAAAUGGAUCAAGGAGGAGGGGUCUUAGAGCUUCACUCCCAGGAUUUGAAAAUGCCCCACACAAUGAUAAUGCAGGACUUUGGCAUGGGGGGCAUGGCCCACAUAGACGGUGAACACAUUGUGGUAUCGGUACCCGAAGCUGUGCUGAUAUCAGAUGUGAAUACUGAUGAGGGCAUCCUGCUGGAGCAUGGCCUGGAGGCUGAAGUGGUGGAAGGGCCUGGUAUUGGCCGAGAGGAUGUCAUCAUGUCUGAGUCCAUCCUGGGAGCAGAGGUGGCCAUCGAGGAGGCUCUGGACGCCGACCACCAUGUCCUGGCUGCCGAACUUAUCGAAGAAACAGUGCCUGAACAGGUGUUUGUGACCGAUCUAAUGUCCACACAUGAGGACAGUCCACUGGACCCUGAGCUGGUGUCAGAGGAGGUGAUGGUCGCGGACACGGAGGCCAUAGUUCAGGCACACGAGACCACGCCACCCUGUGCGACCCUUAAGACUGAUGACGACGACGAUGGCAAGAGCACCUCGGAAGACUACCUCAUGAUCUCAUUGGAUGAUGUGGGGGAGAAGUUGGAUAUUGGUGACACACCAUUAAAAAUCAGCACAGGGGUGGGCCAGGAUGAUGAAUCCAAGGAGGAUGAGUUUGGCUCUGAGGUUAUCAAAGUGUACAUCUUUAAGGCCGAAGGGGAUGAAGAUGUGGAAAUAGGUGGAACGGAGGUUGUUGCAGAGAGUGAUUUCCCCAACGGGCAUGCAGUGUUAGAGCCAGCAACAGCAAGCAUAGGUCGAAUGCCCAGGGAGAAAAUGGUCUACAUGGCAGUGAAGGAUACGAGCCAAGGACAGGAAGAUAUGAAUGUAUCUGAGAUGACUGACCAAGUGUACAUGGAGGUGAUUGUUGGGGAAGAUGAGGCUCCUGCCAUACAAGAAGCACAACUGGAGGAUUCGCCAUCUAAUAAGACCUUUGUUCCUGUCGCAUGGGCAGCUGCCUAUGGUAACAAUCUGGAGUCUCAUUUAGAGAGUAAGCAUGGUGCAACCACUCCAUACCUGCAAAUCAGUGACAGCAUCAGUACAAGCCGCGCUCUCAAACAGAGGAUCAAGAAGAAGAAGAAGGGAGAGACACGGCAGUGCCAGACUGCUGUAAUAAUUGGCCCUGACGGCCUGCCACUGACGGUCUAUCCUUGCCACAUCUGCGGCAAAAAGUUCAAGUCACGCGGGUUCCUGAAGCGGCACAUGAAGAACCACCCAGACCACAUGUUUAAGAAGAAGUACCAGUGUACAGACUGUGAUUUCACUACUAACAAGAAGGUCAGCUUUCACAACCACCUAGAGAGCCACAAGCUCAUCGUCAAGAACGAGAAAGUCCCAGAGUACACAGAGUACACGAGGCACUACCGGGAGGCGAGCCCACUCAGCCCCAACAAGCUGAUCUUACGUGACAAGGAACCCAAGCUGCACAAGUGCAAAUACUGCGAGUAUGAGACGGCUGAGCAAGGCCUGCUCAACCGCCACUUGCUGGCUGUGCACAGCAAAAACUUUGCGCAUGUUUGCGCAGAGUGUGCCAAGGGCUUUCGCCACCCGUCUGAACUCAAGAAGCACAUGCGGACACACACGGGUGAGAAGCCCUACGGCUGCCAACGCUGCGACUUCCGCUGUGCUGAUCCAUCCAACUUAAAGACUCAUGUAAAGAGCAAGCAUGGCGCCGAGCUGCCGUUUAAGUGUGCUCACUGCCCACAGGCGUUCGCUGAUGACAAGGACCUGCAGAGGCACAUGGAGGUUUUCCAGGGCCACAAGACUCACCAGUGCCCACACUGUGAGCACAAGAGCACCAAUUCGAGCGACUUGAAGCGCCACAUCAUCUCUGUGCACACCAAGGACUUUCCACACAAGUGCGACGUGUGCGAAAAAGGCUUCCACCGGCCAUCAGAGCUCAAAAAGCAUGCGGAAACGCACAGGGGCAACAAGGUGCACCAGUGCCGGCACUGUGACUUUAAGAUCUCAGACCCUUUCACUCUGAGUCGGCAUAUCUUGUCCGUGCACACAAAAGAGCUGCCUUUUAAAUGCAAACGCUGCAAGCGUGGCUUCAGGCAGCAGACCGAACUUAAGAAACAUGUGAAGACUCACAGUGGCCGUAAAGUCUACCAGUGCCAGUACUGUGAGUAUAACACAGCGGAUGCCUCGGGUUUCAAACGCCACGUAAUCUCCAUCCACACUAAGGACUACCCACAUAGGUGUGACUACUGCAAGAAGGGUUUUAGACGGCCCUCUGAAAAGAAUCAGCACAUAAUGCGCCAUCACAAAGACACACUGAUAUAACACUCCCCCCCCAACCUCGUAAACUAGAACCUAAUUUACACAACAGAAGAUGAGAAUGGAAUGGUACAGUUCAGUCGGGUAAUUGCUCUUUACUUUUUCCCCCUGCAGGUUUUUGUAAAGGCUGUUCAAAUAACCUCAGUGUACUAUCCCCAUUCUUGGAGCAGGAUUGCUAGGGUCAGCCAGGGUCUCAAAUCAUUAUAUUUUUGUAUCUACCUGGCUAAAAUGCUGCAAGUGAAUAAUGUCCUCAAAGUUAAUUGGGUAAUUAAAGCUUGAAAUAUAUGCUGUGAUUGAAAAGAAAUGAUCAUUAUGACCCUUAGGAUUCCCUGUAGCCAUGUUGGUGUGGGCUGCAGUGUACUCUCUCAGUGAGUACUAACUAGUGUGCCUAGCUUAUAUGCUAACAUUUUUUUAACACCAGUCUAAAUCAUGUCAUUGGUUUCAGUAGAUCAUUUGUGGUAUAAAUUAUCUCCAUUUUUUUAUGUUUACUUAUGUACAACUCAUAAGUAAACAUGUAUAUUUGUGCAUAGGGGUAUAGUUACAUGCUCACUUAUACUUAAAUAUAUCUCUAUAACACCAACCAGUAAAUUUUCUUACCCAGGAUUUUUGGAGAUUGAAUUCACUUUAGUUUGAAUUAAACCUUUUUUAGUUGUCUCCCUUGUGAAUGCCGCUGCAAGUAAUGUAUAUGUAUAAUCACAUGUAACUGGCAAAUGUGCACAUAUUGUCAUUUUGAAUUCCAAUUUGCAGUCAUGCCUUACCUGUAUUGUAUUUUUCUUGCACUGAAUUCAGUAAAUUGAAUGUGAUUAUUAUUUUUUAACAA